UACAGAUACUGAAGUCGUUUAAAAUUAUUGCAGUUUUUUUCGUUUUAAUAUAAGAGAAACUAAAUAUGCAUCUUUAUUGAUUUGGAAUUUUAUGGUAAGAUUAACAAAAUGAAAGAUUGUAAUAGACAUGCACGUUUGUAUUAUAGAAAAAUUGAUAUAGAUACAAACAUAUUCAAUGGCAACAUCAAGAUUUAAAUAUCUCAAAUUCCAACGAGAAUGUAUUUCUAUACACCAAUGAUAAAAAAAGAUAUACGGUAAUUCAACAAGAAAAUGUAAAUAAAAGGUUGACUGAUAUAAAAUUAACAAAUUUAGAAUUAUCAAAAAUGUCAUUAUAAUCAGUCCAAAAUCAGAAGUUGUGCUUCCGAAAUCAGUGACCAACAUACUUUAUUGUAAGGAAUAAAGUACAAAAUCACAAUAUGUACUUUUCUAUAAUCAACUCUUAAGCCGAUAUCUCCUGAGGGAAAUGGAAAUGUAUCAAGAGGGAUACACUGUUUAUAUAUAAGUAAAAUAAAUUAGAAUAGAUUGGGUAAAUAUGUGGUAUGAUGUCAUACUUUGAAGCUAUCAAUACUAUAUAAUACCAAGAUGUGGUAUGAUUGCAAAUGAGACAACUAUCCACUAGAGAUUAAAUGGUGUAGAUGUAAGCAACUAUAGGUGCCUUCAACAAUAAGCAAAACCCACACUGUCUAGCUAGGUAUAACAGGCCUCCGACAUGACAAAAUGUAAAACAUUUCAAACGAGAGAACCAACGUCCUGAUUUAUAUGCAAAACAAUAAACGGAAAACAAAGAUGCUAUACUUUGUUCGACAACCUCUGGAUCACCUGAAAGAUUGAUGGUGGAAACGCCACUUUUACAUGUAGCACUGUUAGCUAUAUUGUGACUGUCAGUUUUUAUUGGUGGAGGCAGCCACUGAACUACAGGCUCUUCAAUAUAAAGUAUGUAUUGUAUAUGUAUAGUAUAAAAAAAACAUCAAUAUAAAAACGCUUGUAGUGGUGUAUUUGAAUUACAUAUUCUAGAAUAAUUGCUGAACAUGCUAGGGAAAAAAUUGAAUCAUAUCUUUGAUUCUGCUGUAAAGAUUUAAUAGGUAUUAUGGAACGUAUUUCUAAAAUCAAGUGUUUUACCUGUAUGAUAGCAAAAACAUUGAACAUUUAGAAAGAAAAUGCAGAAUAGACUCAACAAAUUUCUAACACAAAUAUCUUUAUAAAAGAGUAUUUUUGGGGCAUGUAUUUUCUAAAUUGCUACAUUUCAUGGCAAUAAAUUAUUGUUCGGUCGUAAAUAAUUGCAGAGUUGAGUAAAUACCGUUUAAUAAAAUUAAACAUUUUCAGUGAAAAUAAGGCCAGCACAAACCGUUUUGUAUUUUUUAUUGAUUCUGCCUUGACGGUAUUUAAACAUACUGUAGAGUUUUUCAAUGAAACUUUUCAAAAGUUUUAGACUUUUCUGUGGUUUUUGAUUGUUAUUAGUGGAUUUUAAGUUUUCUAAAAUUGUUGAUCGUUGUCCAAAUUAGUGUACAUUUGUUUUUUCGAGUAUGAGAUUUUCCUAAAAGUAAACUAACAAAAUACAAAUUUAAGCUUGGUAAGGAGCAACGACAGAAACACCAAUGUGUUUUUUUUCUCAAACAAUGAGAUGAAAUAAAACAAGUUAUAGCAAAGUAAAUCUAAAAAUCGAAUGUUUUCAUUUCGUACCUAACACAGUGCAUGCUCCUCGGUAUUGUUUGUAUUUUUUUUUUAAAUUUCUAUGAAAAAACAUGAUAAUAGAUAAAACCUCUGAAUGCAGAAAGCAUAGGUUCAAUUUAGUGUAGCUACACAGCAUAACAUCAUUACAAAAAUUCAUGUUUAUAAAUAAGAUUUUUUUUAUAAGACUGGACCAGACAGGUUCUUCUAAACAAACUUACGCACGUAUGUUUUAGAUUACCCAAAUAUGUUUGAGCCUUUCGUAUCUAUUUUCUUUUCAUUCUUCGGUCAUACCAGUGUAAUGUUGACCUUAAAAAAGAUUUAGAUAUUCUUUAUAUGUCCAUUUUAGCCAAAAAGCUCCUGUUAUGUUUAAGAUAAGAAUUUAUCUGAGCCUUGCUUUCAAAUAUGGAGUUUUGUGUGUUCCUGGUGAAGUUCAUCGACAAAAAGCGCCAUGGACGAACCAAAUUUGAUAAAGUGCUAUUUUCAUUUUCAGAAGCAAGUCCCUAUAACAUCUGAUAUUGAAGUGUCUACAUAGUAUAUGUCUAAAUGAUGACUGAAUUGUACACCGUAUUGAAUAUAGUGGAACCGAAAAUUAUGUUUUGGUAAAAUGGCAGUUGAAAAUACUACAUCGAUGAUUGACAAUUUUUCUUUGACGAAUAAAAAUGCAUCAAUUUACAGUGAAAGAAAUGAGGAUCUUGCAUUAGUGGAAAUUACCGUGCAGUGUUUCAUAUUCUGUCUUGCCGUUAUUGGUAACAGUACAGUUCUGCUGACACUAUGGACGCGCAGACGGAAGUUAGCACGUGUUCAUUUACUGAUGGUUCAUCUAAGUUCCGCUGAUCUGUUUGUUGCAUUUUGCAACGUACUACCACAAAUAUGUUGGGAUUUGACUUAUGUUUUCAUUGGUGGAGAUUUUCUGUGCCGAUUUGUUAAAUAUAUCCAGGUUGUUGCAAUGUAUGCAUCUUCCUAUGUUUUGGUUAUGACAGCCAUAGACAGAUAUGUGGCGUUGAUUCAUCCAUUCAUCGCUCAUAAAUGGUCCUCACGAAAAGUCCAUUAUAUGGUCGCCAUAGCUUGGUCUCUAUCAUUACUAUUUAGUCUACCUCAAAUAUGGAUCUUUGCAUUUGCAAAGCGCAGUGAUGGCCAGUAUGACUGCUGGGCAACAUUUGAACCUUUCUGGACGUUACAACUUUACAUCACAGCUUCCACAUUGUUAAUUUAUAUAAUCCCUAUACUCAUUUUAAUAUUUUGCUAUGGAUGCAUAUGUUAUACUGUCUGGAAACGUGGUAGAGUUGGUGAACCGGUUCCGACCUCCUCAGGCCGUUCCUGGUCAGAUGCACAACUUCACAGAAUUGAACAAAAUGGAAGCAGAUCUAGCUUAGACCGAUUAAAUAUGAACGGGACAACGAAAAGACCUCAAAUACAUCAUGGAAUUUCCCGUGCUAAAAUUAGAACGGUGCAAAUGACAUUGACUGUUGUGCUGUGUUAUCUCGUUUGCUGGUCUCCUUUUUUUAUUGCACAGAUGUGGUCAGCUUGGGAUGAAAAUGCUCCCUUUUACGGACCUGCGUUUACAAUAAUACUUCUCCUGGCAAGUCUAAACAGCUGUACUAAUCCAUGGAUCUAUUUGUUCUUUAGUGAUGCAGCAUUCGAUAAGGUUAAAAGUUGUCUGAUGCCAAAGAAACGAACACCUUUCGAAAUUCAUGUUUCCACAUGGCGUAGUAAUCGAUCGCAUUUCAGUUCCAAGUAUACUUCAUCUUUACAGUAGACAAACUAUGUGUCCCCAGAUCCCUGGAAAAUGAAUUUUCUUAACUAUUUGCAAAGAAUUAAAUGUUUUUAAAUUCAUUAACAUGAAACCGUCUCCAAUAAUUUUCAAACACGAUUGAUUGUUCUAUGCAAGUGCGUUUUGAUUUAACAGGAAACCAAAUGACGUCACCAGACACAUAUCGGCUUAUAUUGUAUAUGAAUUUAUUAGUUUGUUCCUCUUUUGAGUUAUAUAUACGAUUUUAAGCCUUUCAAGCAACACAUUAAAUGUUUGCUUUUCCCCGAAAUCACUUUUUGGGUAAUUGGGACACACCACACGCAAUACUUUAUACUUGUUGGUAGUCAAGGAUUUCAGGAAUAUUGUAUGAAAAUAAUAAUUUGAUAAUUAGACACAAAAAUCCGGGCGAAAACAUUCGAGUGUAUCUUACUUAUUAGUAACUUAUAUACAACUGUAUUCCAAUUUAGAUAAAUGAAAGAACA